UAGAAGCAAGAACAAGAACAAAAAAAUAAUAUUCGUAGAACUUUUCUGUGUUUUUGUAUGUUGUCAUUUUUAGUUGACAUGGAAUCGGUCGGAGCAUGCCACGAAAGAUUGGUGAAAAUACUCAAAGACGCUGGUGUCUACGAGGAUGGCAUGGAUGAAGAGGAGAUGCAGCAGAUGGCGCGCGCAAUGCAAAUGUCAAUUAUUGACACUUGCCCACAGCAGGAGAACGAGCUGGAGUUUCUGGGUGAUCUGCACAGCUCCACUUUGAUUGUGACUCAGGCGGCCACCAGCACUGUCAUCGACCCUUGCGAUAGUCCGGUCUCCGAACCCAUUUACAUGACCGUGCAGGCUUUGGUGCAUCAUGCCAUGGAUUGGAGUCCGCAGAAGGACCAAGAGCUAGGUCUCGCUCGUAAGAGAAACUCUGCGGAUAGCCAUGGGCCGGGUGCCAAGCGUUCCCUGCGGCUGCUGGGCGACCGUGUGGAGACACAAGUGGAUGAGCAGCAGGACGAGCCGCCCUAUAAUCCCGAUGCCACGCCCGUUUCACUGAACGAAAACGAAGUGGAGGAUUCGGGCAUCAGUUGGGAAGAAAUUUCCCUUUCCAGCGUUGGCAGCUCGAUUCCCUCUAUUGGAGAGAUGCCCAGUGGUCAUAUGGUCAGCACCAGCAGUGUUGCCGUCUCGGAAUCCUCUGAAAGCCGCGACGAAUCUAGCCGUGAUCAAUUCGAAUAAUAGUUUCUUGUGCAAAACUUGGAACGUAGUCUUAUAGAUGUUAUAAAUUUCUAUGAAUCGAAUUUUUGAAAAAAAAAAAAAAACCGUAAAAUUCUAAUAAAUUCGAUUGCAGAAACCAAUAAUCUAUUAUGAUUUGUAUUAAGUAAAUUUAGUAAACAUGUUUUCAGAAAUAUAUGUGAACCAUUUUUCA